GAUGAAGCCUGGGAAAUCAUCACAUCCAAAGGAUUUACUUGGAGUAAAAGAUCACUGACUUCUACGAUGGAAAAGUCAUGGAUGCUUUGGAACUUUGUUAAAAGAUGGUUACUAGCUUUGGCUUCCUGGUCUUGGAGUCUCUGCCGUAUUUGUCUUUUACCCUUGAUAGUAACUUUUCACUUGUACGGAGGCAUUAUACUACUUAUAUUAAUAUUUGUAUCAAUAGCGGGUAUAUUAUAUAAAUUCCAGGAUGUGCUGCUUUACUUUCCUGAACAGCCCUCUUCAUCACGCCUUUAUGUUCCUAUGCCUACUGGUAUACCACAUGAAAAUAUCUUCAUCAAAACCAAAGAUGGAGUUCUCCUCAAUCUUAUUCUGCUGAGAUAUACAGGGGACAAUGCAGCGUAUUCUCCAACCAUCAUCUACUUUCACGGGAACGCAGGCAACAUUGGCCACAGGUUGCCAAAUGCUUUGUUAAUGCUAGUAAACCUGAAAGUAAACUUAAUUCUUGUUGAUUAUAGAGGGUAUGGAAAAAGUGAAGGAGAAGCAAGCGAAGAAGGUUUGUACUUAGAUUCUGAGGCUGUGUUAGACUAUGUGAUGACUCGGUCUGAUCUUGAUAAAACAAAAAUUUUUCUUUUUGGCCGUUCCUUGGGGGGAGCAGUAGCUAUUCACUUAGCUUCUGAGAAUUCCCAUAGGAUUUCUGCCAUCGUGGUGGAGAACACCUUUCUUAGCAUCCCAUACAUGGCCAGCACUUUGUUUUCUUUCUUUCCAAUGAGAUAUCUUCCUUUAUGGUGCUACAAAAAUAAAUUUCUGUCCUACAGAAAAAUCGCUCAGUGCAGAAUGCCUUCUCUCUUCAUCUCUGGGUUGUCUGACCAGUUAAUUCCACCAGUUAUGAUGAAGCAACUUUAUGAAUUAUCCCCAGCUCGGACUAAGAGAUUGGCGAUAUUUCCUGAUGGAACUCAUAAUGACACUUGGCAGUGCCAGGGUUACUUCACUGCACUUGAACAGUUCAUCAAAGAAGUAAUAAAGAGUCACUCCCCUGAAGAAAUGGCGAAAACAUCAUCUAACGUAACAAUAAUAUAAUUGGUGUUCUUCUUUGGGGUGGGGGAGGUACCUGCACUGUACCUUGAUUUGUGAGAAGUGGUAAAAGAAUGUCCAUUUUUACAUGUAUGUCAUGUCUGUACUUGCCUAAAGAGUGAAAUUAAACUUGGAAAGGUGUGAUGCUUUAUUAAGAUGUUCCAGAUAACUUUUACAUUUGCAGCAUUGUAAAUGAACCAUUUUAUGUCUUUCUCAUACUUUUUUGGUAUCUCUGUCCACAUAUUCCACUUGUUUGAUAUGUACAAUGGAUGCU